CUGAUUGGCCGACAGACCCCAGGCCACUGCUUCUUCAGCAGAGUGUCAACACAGAUCUGUCAAGCUGCUGUUUGUAGAUGAAAUAUCACCAGAAAACUUGUAAAUUACAUCUUUAGCAUUGUAUAACGGCUAGUUUAUCAAGAUGACAGUAGCAGAAUUCUUCGGGUGCGGGCUAAUCGCCUUUGGACCUUCUCUAGCGAUGUUUGGGCUCACGAUAGCCACAGAUCCUAUUCGGACUAUAAUGCUGGUCGCCAGUGCAUUCUUCUGGUUGCUGGCACUGCUCUUCUCAUCAAUAUUAUAUACAGCAGUAGUACAACUACAAGAUUACUUAGUAUUUGGAGUAAUCUGUUCUGUCUUGUUUCAAGAGCUAUUUAGAUUUUUAUGGUUCUUGCUGAUACAAAAAGCAGAGGGAGGUUUAAAGAAAGUCAGUGAUGGUAACAUGCAGAUUGUUGAGAAUAAACACAUUUUGGCUUAUGUGUCUGGCUUGGGCUUCGGCAUGAUUUCUGGCGCCUUCUCUCUUGUGAAUGUGCUAGCUGAUAUGACAGGACCCGGAACCAUUGGCAUGAAAGGUGACCCCAAAAACUUCUUCAUUGUCUCAGCCGUUACAAGUCUUGCAUUCAUCUUGCUCCAUGUCUUCUGGGGGAUCCUCUUUUUCAAUGCCCUCCAUCGCCGUGCUUAUCUGCAGCUGGCUUAUGUUAUCCUGUGCCACAUGCUGGCCUCCUGUAUAACUCUUAUGAACCCUAUCUAUUCCGUCACCAUCCCCACAAUCUGGAUUCUAACAAUCCUGUCAGGGGUGCUGGCCUUCAUUGUUGCUGGCGGCUCGCACAGAACCAUCCAGUCUGCCUUCCGAGGCCGUCCACAGGUUCUACAGGUCAAUGCUGAUGCCACUGGCAACUUCACACAAGUUGGAGGGAUGUGAGACCCCUCCCCAAGGACCUCUUACCUAGGACCUAUUACCUUACACCUCUAGGAGAAGCAUCCUCUUAUAUUUUGUGAAACAAGGAGGAUGUGUUUUUUGUAUUUCAGAUAUUUGUGGGCAGCAAAGUUAAAAUGAGAAGCGGUUGUCCUUAACAACAUAUUUUGAGAUGCUCUAGAGGGUGGAGACUCAUAGUUUGUGGUGUAACACUGAAGAAAGGAUUAUUUUCUAGUGUCAGAACUGCUCCCUGAAUAGAAAGGAAGUUUAAUAAUUUGCUUAAUUAAAACUAAUUAAAUAUUUGCACUGAGUAACUGCUAAAGUAGAAACUUUUUUUUACGGGAUUUACUACUAUUGUGAUAUUUCCAAAGCUGUGUAAUAUUAAGAUGACUUAUUUAUAUAAUUUGUCUUUAUCUCGGUAGGGUUGUAUACCUUUUGUAAAUCUUGAACUUAAGGUCAUUGUUUCUUGUUUCAUCAGGACAUUGAUUAAGUUGGUGACUUCAGAUUUAGCAAUUAAUUAUGUGUUUUACUAGGAAAUAGUAGAUAUUAAGAAAAAAUUUGGUGCCAUUGGCAUUAAUUUGUAAUGUGGAAAUAUAUUAUAAUGAAAAAUGCUUUGAAGUACCUUUAAAAGUUCAUUUUCACCAUUAUUUUUAAAAUGUGAGAAUUGUACAUGCUCUGUGAAUAUCAGAAUUUAAGACAAAUUUUGGUUGGAGUUAUUAACCUAUAUAUACAUGUGCUGUUCACUGUGAUUUAGUUGAUUAAUUUUGUUUAUUUAGAGAUGUCUGCAUAAAUGUUUUGUCAUCAGGGGGGCAGUAAUUAGGGUCACCUGUUUUCAACUGUUUACCCCAUUCCUUGAAUUUUUGUAAAGAAAAGCUAAUUUUGAAAAAUAUGUUAUUGUUAUUGAAACCAUAACACUGAUAAAGUAUAUAAGAAUGAUAGCUACAUAACUAAUCAUAAUGAUAAUAUCAGAAGUGAUUUUUUCCCCUGAAUCCAAGGAGUGUGGUAAACAGAUGAGGUCAGAUAGAUCUAGUAACAGACUCAGCGAUUGUGAAGCCAAAUCAAGGCUAAGCUACAGUGGAUGGGCAUGUAUCUUUGCCAAUGGGUUACUGGAAAAAGUUGGAAAGAUGCAAUAGGACAGUCUAACUGAAAAGAAUUGUAAUAAUAUUUUUUAUGUAGUAAGUGAUUUUUAUGCUACUAGCUUUGUACAAAGUUGUCAGUGGUGGCUUCAGAAUGAGAUAGAUUUGAAAGGAGUGUUCAUUGCUGUAUUUACUAUAUUUUAACCCAAUCACUACAGAUUUAUGUACUGUCCCCUGUAGUUUUUUGUGAAUUUUGUUACAUACAGAUGGCUCUACAUGUGCGCAGCCAGCAAAGAAUCUAUCAGUAGGCCCUAGUGACUGCUUCUGAUUUCACCAUUCCUUGAAGGUGCAAGAAAAUGUGUUUUGCUUUCUAAUACUAUUGAUAUCGAUACUGUCAUUAUUCUUACUGAUAGUAUGAUUAUUAAAUUGUUAUUAAAAUCUUGGUUUCAUUAAAGACAAUGAAAUGAUAUAAAAUAUAAAUCAAGGAAAAGGGUAAGCAGGUGAGAUAGAUAGGACUAAUAACUGACUCCUUGGUGAUUAAGCACUUGUAGAGCCAUAUAUGUGUAAAUACAAUAAAUGAACUUAUAUUACAGUGGGCUUGGCAUGUAUUCUCGCCAUAUGUGCUAGUUGGGUUAAUUACUCUUAGCCUUGUAAAAGGUUAAUAGAUUGGGAAAGUAUUUGGAAAUCUUAAUUUGGGGAGAGACUUCAGUGCUUAUGAUGAAACUAAUUUUACCCGUUGCCACUGGGGAUGGCAUGCACGUACAUGCCAUGCCCACUGUGAGUCGACUUGUUCGAUUGUUUUUACAUAUAGAUGGCUACACUUGUACUAAGUAUCCAAUGAGCCAAUUACGAGUACUGACUCUCUUGCCCGUUCACCCUUUUCAUUGAUUUACGAAAAUAUUUAACGUUAUCCUAAUUUGCUGUUAAAAAUAACACCAUCUAUAUUUAUGUCACUAGUAAGAAUACGUUUUUUCCCGCCAAUUCAAGGAAAGGUGAAAUCAGGACUAGCAGAGCCAUCUAUGAACAGAGAUAUUUAACAAAAAUAUAAAAAAUGAGCACAGAAUUUCCCCCAUUUUUUGUUCAAUUUCCCUGGCGGCAAUGGGUUAACAGAGUAUCAGUGAAAUAAAUAGAGAAGUUGGUGAAAAAGUUACUUUACCCACAUAAAAGAGAAUAUUGAAAGGAAAGAAUUGCUAUUUUGAAGUGGAAGUAUUUUAUUGAAAUGGUUGUUAUGCUGGAGAAUGUAUAUUUUGGACUUGAUAAUCUGAAAAAAUGCAUCAUUUUUUUUUCUUUUUUUACGUUAACAUUUACUCUGAAGAGAAUAGUAAGUGCCAUUGUUUUCCCAAAAUGAGAGUUCUGUACAAUUUGUACUUACAAACUUUUUGGAUAUUACUGUGCAUAUAUUCAAUAGAGAAGUUUGAAGUUGUAUGUAAUAUUUAUUAUAAUUUGUUUUGAUUAUUUACCUAGAGAAUGUUUGUAAUUAUGCAUUCCAUAAAAUGGAUUCUCAUGAAUAAAAAACUUCAUAGCUCAGUUCAAGCUCAUGGGACUUAAAGAUAUUUGGUAAACGGUCUUUAGCAUUUUCUGUGAAAGCUAAUCUGAUGCCAGGUAAUUGAAUAUAUCAGUUUUUAUUUACAUUAAGAGUGCAUAAUUCAUCAUAUUUAAAUUGUUCCAGAAGGAAUAAAUGAUGUGCAGAAGGUUGUAAAUCAGAAGUUGGAGUGAUAGCUGUGUGGAGUUGCCAAUUGGUCCACUUUGCUGUAUUUUCAGUAUCAUUCAGUUUCAGCUAUUUUUUAAUAGAAGAUUAGAAGAGUUGCCAUUCAUAGUAAUCGAGUGAAAGGUCUUGCAUUUAUUGAAAUCAAAUCAGUAGUCUUGUGGGAAAGCAUGCCUGAUUUUGUAUGCAUUUGAGUUUCAAAACUAUAGGAUAUUGAUAAGGUUUGAUAUUUUUAUAAUUAGCAAGUUCUACUGAAAAGCAAAUUGUGUGAUAAGAUACAUUUAGUUAAUCCCAUCUUUUAUUAUUUUAUAAAGGAAUUUCACUGUGUAUUUAUGGCUUGAAAGAUUUUUUGACAACUUUUAAUAUGUAUUACAAAGGUUGGAAGAUUGUCUUGGUGUUUGCUGUGCUAACAUGUUAUUAACAGAAUAUUCCUUGCUGCAGUUGAAUUAAUAACCAUCUCUUGUGGAUAAGUUUAAGAUACUGAUAUUGAGAAUAUUCUACAGGAGAUAAGCUAUAUUUUGACCCAAAGUUAACUCGAAGAUAGGUUUCUUUGUCAAAAAUGGUUCCUGAAGUUGACAAGUUACCCUGCAAGUUAUGGAGAAGUCAGAACAGGGAAAUGCAGUGUAUGAUGAUUCAUAUUUCUAUCUUGAUACUGAAUGAAAGUUAUGCAAGAUCUUCCCUCACACUUUUCAAUGAUUGUAUUAUGGGAAUAUGACUUUCGUAUUAAAAUGUAUUGUAUGUAUUUGUAAAUAAAAAUGUUUGUAACAUGAAAGCUUACUCAAAAAGUUUGUU